AUGUCUGCCAGAAUCAUAGCACAAAUUGUAGUCUCUUUGGGUUCUGUUGUAACCAGAGCUUUCGUAGCUGCAUACAAGCAAGCCGCUGCCAAUGCUGGUAAGAAUGGAGGUGCACAAGCAGCAUCCGGUGGAAGAGCAGGUACCAGGGAAGGUGUUGUGGAUGCUUUGACCCGUAAGACCGGCAUGUCCAUGGAAGAAGCCUGUCAAAUUUUGAAUAUAACAAAGGAAGCCGAUCUUUCAAAACUAUCAAAGAAUUACGAUCACUUAUUCCAAGCGAAUGAUCCAGCAAAAGGAGGAUCUUUUUACAUUCAAUCUAAAGUUGUGAGAGCCAAGGAAAGAUUCGAUAUGGAAAAAGCAGCAGAGCUGAAAGCAAAAGCAACUGAAGAAGCAGCAGCAGCAGCAGCAAAAGCAGCAGAAUCUCAGCAGCCACCUCCACCUCCACCAAAUGCUUCUUAA